UCCCCCUUUUUUCUCGUGAAGAUAACCUGUUAACAACGAAUUCCUAAUUGUGUGUUUAUUGCGUUUAGGGAUGAAUGAAAGAAACUUUUUAUUCGAAUUAGAAACCUUAUUGUGCACAUUUAUUCACGUAAUUAUCAAUAUUGCUCCUUGAUUUUGUGAUUUGUUACCCUUUUUUGCGAUGUAUGUUGUAAAUGCUACGAAAAUCCAGAACGGAACAACACGUCUAACGGUCAUUCCGCACGUUUGCAACAUAUGUAAUAAAGCUUUUCUUCAAGAAGUCACCUUAGCGGAACAUCUUCAGACCCACGCAUCAGGAGAUGAACCAGUUGAGAACAACAAUGAUUUGUCUAUUGAUGCAGAAAACGCCGUAGAAAUCAAAGGAGAUAAGAAAUAUUCCUGCGAUAUAUGUGAUCGCAGUUUUUCUUCGAAAGCUUAUUUACAGAAACAUAUUCUUUUGCAUGGUGGAGAGAAACCACAUGCUUGCACUGUGUGCAAUAAAAGUUUUGCAUUGCGAGAUAACCUACAGAAACAUUAUCGUAUCCACGAUCCGCUGAAACAGAGAUUCUUUUGUACGGAAUGUGGUAAAGGUUUCACAUCAAAGCAGUACCUCCAAAAACAUGAACUUAUUCACCGAGGGGAAAAGCCUCAUGUGUGUACUGUUUGUCAAAAAGCAUUCACUCUGAAGACAAAUCUGAAUAAACAUUACCUUAUUCAUUCUUCGGAUAAAUUGUAUUUUGUUUGUAAUGUUUGUAAUAAAGGUUUUUCUUCCAAAGCCUACUUGGAGAAGCAUCAUCUAAUUCACGUAGGAGAGCGACCGCAUGUUUGUGGUGUUUGCUUCAAGGCUUUUACUCUAAAAACAAACUUACACAAGCAUUACCUAACCCAUACUGGCUACAGACGGUUUGGCUGCGACAUUUGCUGCAAGCGGUUCAAAACUAAAGGUGCUCUAGAUCAACAUUAUUUCGUGCAUUCUGGGCUGAGACCGUAUUCCUGUAGCAUGUGUCACCGAACAUUUAAACAAAAAAGUCAUCUUGAAAAACAUUUUCAAACACAUAUGCUCGUUGAAUGGUCGGAUGCGAAUGCCGUAGUGCCGAAUGAUCUUCCCUGUCCUGAUGACUCUGCAGCAGAAAUCAUAGAUCAUGAUCCAUGGCCAGUAGAAGUGUCUGAUAUAAAAGAAGAACUUUCUUAGAAAUAUUAAUUAAUUUAUCAGAUUUCUUGCUGUACAUAUUAUUGAUAAUUAAUCUGUAAAUCCAAACAACUAAGCUGCAGAUUUGUUCCUUCAAGAAAAAUAUAUUUAAAUAUGGAAAGUUUUUUUUAACUUGGGGGGGGGGGAGAGGAAGAAGUGUGUUUUGGACAUCAAAACUUUCUUAUAUUCAUCUUUUUGAGUCCGUCUUUUUGGACUAGUGUAAAGUUCUCGAAAAACAAUCUGAAAAAUAUAUUUACGUACAAACAGCCAUAAAUGCAUAUUCAAGUUUUGGCUUGGUAACAAUUAUAUAUUAUUAAACAUUAGUGAUGAUAAACAUAAAUUUAAUUUCAUUUACAUGUAUCUUCGUUUAUUUUUGAUUUAAAUGGUUGACACAUUCAUUUCUCAAUUAAGGUUUUCAUUUUGUUUUAUUAGUGUCCAAUUCAUUUUUGUUUGAUAUGUUUACAUAUGUUUUGUAUUUGUUACUUAAUUUAUCAUUGUUAAUUAUGAUUAUUUUAUGUGUAUAUUUGUUUAGUAAUAAUUUUGAUGAAAGAUCAGACAAUUGAGCUAAUUUUUGUGCUUAUGUUUUGUAUACAUUGUAAAUACCACUCUUUAAUUAAAACUUCUUUGAUGAAAUUUGAUGUAUAAACUAUAAUUAUGGAUAAGUAUUUCCCAUAUAUCAUAGUUUUCUGGUUCCUGAAAAAUACAGAUAACAUUGCAUUAUUGCAGUUACAUAUAAUUUAUGAUUUUGAAUAAUGAAAGAAUUUAAUAACAGUUCAUAAGAAGUUUAAUGAUAUUAGACAUGAUGAAAACUAAUCAUAAAAGGGUAAGAAGUGUUAUUACUUGAGCACUUCCAAGUCCUACUAUUGUUUCUUAUUUUAAAUUCAGGUCAGGCUAUUUCCAUUAAGUUAAAAUAUGCUGUUAAUGGACAUAAUGCUUUUCAUGCAAUUAAGUCCAUUGUAAGUAAGUUUUCAAUGCAUUUUUCUUAUUGUUAUUUCAAUAAAAGUUGUUUAAUUUGCUG